CCACUCCCGUCCUCAACAGUUCGUACUGCCGGGUGAAACAAAGUCUUUACAGGCCAAAUGAACAGACGGGUCGAUCCUGUUUUAUCUGAUUCAGGAACUAUGGUUCUACCAAAAGCCACCAUAUCAGCCAUUUCUGAACACCCCCAAAGGGGAACAACAGCAUCUGUGUCUGGGAAUUGAGCGUUGUGGACGGUCAGGUUUCUUGCCUGUCCUACACAUCUAUGCCGAGGCCCUGCAUGGAUAGUAAUCACAUUGGACCACAUGGGGGUGCCAAGUCGCAUAGCAAACAAAGGCGCAGAAUCCUGCCCACUACGCACAACGUCUAGCCUUGUUAGUCUAGAUAGUGUGGAUAUUAUGGGUGCACAUUGAGUGACAGUGAUCAUGGGGGGCUCAUCUCUUUUCGUGUCCGGGUUUUGAAUAAUAGACACUCGGUGCUCCCUGAAAGGCGAGUCAAACGACUCGCCUUAAGAAGUUCUUAUUACGUCCGUUCUCUUAUGUGGGGUUUGGAAACCUUACAGACAUAUAUCGCUUGCUUAUAUAUGGUCUUUAUUCCAUCCUCAGUAUGAGCCACCAGUGCUCCGAUAACAGGCAGUACUAUUCCUGUUUUAAAGGCCCUUUCCAGGGAUGUUGCUCUGUCGACCCAUGUUCUAAGGGUGUCUGUCCGGACGACAUUGCUUUGAUAGCCGCCGAUACCAUGACGUCUACAGAGGUUCAUACCGUGACGCCUACAAAGUCCGUCUCUUCGAAACAGUCCACCUUUGAGACCAGCACAACUACGACUAGUCGUCUUGAGACCACCAGCACUCCCGGAACUACAACCGCUUCCACAACCAGCACAUCAGAAACCGGUACCGGUACGCCCGUUGGGGCUAUCAUAGGAGGAGUGAUCGGUGGCAUCGCAUUUCUCAUACUCCUUGCUAUUGCCUUGUUUUUCGCCUAUUGCAGGCGCAAGAAGCAUGUAAGGCGUUUCACCUUUCUUCGCGGUCCUCUCACUGAUAUCUUUAAGGAGAUGACAUUUGAAACCGAUAACAAACCACCACAGAGUGACUCAACAACUACAGAACAAGUCCUACACGCACCGACGAAAAAAGAGAAAGCAGAAACAAGCUCCCUCCUCACCCCAACAGACUACUCCACCAACGGAACCACGCCCAUCUCACCAACCUCCACCGCAGCCGAACGAGACGCAUUCCACCUCUACCCUCCCCAGACCCCCUACACCUUAUUCACUCACCCGAAUGCAUCAAUUCCCGAGCUGAGCGGCACGGGAGUCCACAGCCCCCGCGCCGAACUAGCAGCCCAGCCCAGCCGAGAACUCAUAAACAUCCCACGUCAUCAACGCCAGCCCUCAAAUCAGUCGAGCUCAUCGCAGGGACCGACACGCGCCGAAUUGGCGGCUCAACCUUGCAGGGAGUUGAUCAAUGUUCCACACCACCGGCGUCAGCAUCCUGCUACACUCCCGACAUCAUCCCGGGAACAGGUAGACGAGACUAUGACACGCGCAAACUCGCCUCCGGUUAUCACCGCCGAUGGCGUAGUCCUGUCUGCGAACUUUGAUACUUCUGCUUCUGGGUCGGAUGUUCUCUCCUCUCAUGGCUUGUCCAGUUCCCAUGCGAUGAGUUUUAUGGAUUAUGACACUGCAAGGAAGUCAAUGUUAUCGGCACAUCGGCCGGAGUGGGCGGAUAGUCCUGGAGAAGGGAAGACUGACAAGCCGAAAGGACGAAAACAUAUGAAAGGGCCCGAAUGAGAUUAAUAGUACUGAAAAUGAUGAUCGGGCGAUCUUGACGACCGGAAGGGAAGUGGAUCGAGGUCGGAAUUGGAUUCACUAUGGGAUGUUUUACCUUCUCCACUAACUUUUCACUGUCUCCGUCUAGUUCCCCUUGUGUAUGGCGGAGUAUGUUUUCUUGUACUUUAGGGUGUUUAACUUUGCGGGGUUCAUCUCAGCAUGAACUCUGUUGUUCCAUCAAUAUUUCUUU